CUUUCACCUAGCCAGGUAUAUAAGCCACUCGGAGUCCGCGUCGCCAGUUGGCCCUUCGUGGAGUUCGCUCGACGUACACAUCAGAAUUCUCAGAAUGCAGGUGCUAAACUGUGGGUUCGCCGUAUUGCUGGCCUGCUGUCUGGUGCUGGCAGAAGAGAAGGACAAGGAUGCUGCGAAGGACGAUGACAGGCCAAAGAUCUUCAAGAGGCUGAUACCCGCCGACGUUCUCAGAGACUUCCCUGGAGUGUGCUUCGCGUCCACCCGAUGUGCCACCAUCGAGCCUGGUCAUAGCUGGGAACUGUCUCCCUUCUGUGGUCGCUCCACCUGUGUUCAGGACAAGGAAUCUCCUAGACUGCUGGAGCUCGUGGAAGACUGCGGACCUCUGCCCAAGCCUAACUCCAAGUGCAAGUUGAGCGAGAAGACCAACAAGACUGCGCCGUUCCCCACCUGCUGCCCCAUCUUUGAGUGCGAGCCUGGUGUGAAGCUAGAGUAUCCUGAGAUCCCAACAGUAGCUCCCGAGACUUCCCCCGCCCCCAAAGCCCCCAAGGCUUAACUCACCCUGUAUAUGUAGGCUUACAAGUACUGUGCUGUCUCACUAUUGUAAACAAAAAACUUUUGUACAAAUUAUAACGACAAUACCUAA